GGGGUCAUACCAACAUCGGCUGAUGCGACACGCACGGCUAUGCUGUGUAGAUCACAAAGUGGCGUGAGUGUGGCCUUAUAAAUCGACUGCCCCUCGCGUUCGUCUGUCACUCUGCGCGACGUUCAGCUUCAGAAUAAAAUAAAGUAAUCCAAUAUGUCUGCCAAGGCCAUAUAUGAAUCCAAGGGGAAGGAACUCUUGAACAAAUUCCUGAAUGAUGAGGCUGUGAAGAACAGACUAGCUGAGGUGACGGAAGGAGUGAACUGGGACAAACUCACACAGGACAAUCCAUGGCUGCUGUCAGAGACCAAGCUGGUGGUGAAGCCAGACCAGCUGAUCAAGAGACGUGGGAAGCUUGGCCUGAUCAAGGCAGGUGCCAACCUGGCUGGUUGUAGAGAGUGGCUCAAUGGCAAGCUGGGCAAAGACUUCAAGAUCGGAGCUUCCACAGGAAAGCUGAAACAUUUUGUCAUCGAACCUUUUGUGGCUCAUCAACAGAGUGAAGAAUUCUAUGUUUGUAUUUUCUCUCACCGAUAUGCUGACUCCAUCCUCUUCCACCAUGAGGGAGGAAUUGACAUCGGUGACGUUGAUGCAAAGGCUGUCAAGCUGGAGGUGCCCGUCGGGAGUGACCCCACUGCAGACAGCGUCAAGACUCAGCUGUUGUCCAAGGUCCCAGCUGGUGCACAGGGUGCCCUGACCAAGUUCAUCCUGGCUCUGUACAAGGUGUACAAAGACCUGCACUUCACCUACAUGGAGAUCAACCCUCUUGUGAUGACUGGAGGCAAGAUCUACAUCCUUGACCUGGCGGCCAAGAUCGACCAGUGUGCAGAGUUCCUGUGUAAAUCAAAAUGGGGAGAGUUGGAGUUCCCCCCGCCAUUCGGCCGCGACGCUCUUCCAGAGGAAGCCUACAUUGCCGACCUGGAUUCAAAGAGUGGGGCAUCUCUGAAACUCACUGUCCUCAACAAGAAGGGCCGGAUCUGGACCAUGGUUGCUGGGGGUGGGGCCUCUGUCAUAUAUGCAGACACUAUCUGUGACUUAGAGAGAGCUUCUGAUUUGGCGAACUAUGGCGCGAGUACUCUGGUGCUCAAGUCGAACACGGAUAAGACAAUCCAAAUUUUGGUCUCAUUGACACAGGAGAAGCAUGCUGAAGGGAAGAUACUCAUCAUUGGUGGCGGCAUCGCCAACUUCACAAACGUUGCUAUGACGUUCAAGGGUAUUGUCCGAGCUCUGCUAGAGUUUCAGCAGAAGUUGAUCGAGUUUGACGUGAAGAUCUAUGUGCGGCGAGCUGGACCCAACUAUCAAGAGGGACUCCGUAUUAUGAGAGAACUAGGUGACAACCUUGGAGUACCGAUCCAAGUGUUUGGCCCUGAGACUCACAUGACUGCCAUUGUCAGUAUGGCUCUCGGCAAGCGAGACAUCCCACCAAUGCCGAAGCGGCUUCAGACAACCGCCAACUUCCUGCUACCAGGGGGAGCUCUUGCAAAGUCCCCAACCACGAGCCGCAGGGGGUCCUCCAAUGAGCUCAACCAAUCAACAUCCUCGACAGCCAGUGCUCAGCUGGAAAGCCUGGCCAAUCAGACGGAGGGUGGCAAAGAUGUGAUGUUGUUCAACAAAGGCACCAAGGCCAUCAUCUGGGGCAUGCAGAUGAGGGCUGUGCAAAGCAUGAUGGACUACGACUAUGUGUGUUCCCGCAAGGAGCCCUCUGUCGUCGCUAUGAUCUACCCAUUCACAGGUGACCACAAGCAGAAAUUCUACUGGGGCCACAAAGAGGUGCUCAUCCCAGCCUACAAGAACAUGGCUGACUGUAUGAAGAAACAUCCGGACGCGGACGUUCUGAUCAACUUUGCUUCUCUCAGAUCAGCCUAUGAAAGCACAGUCGAGACCAUGAACUUUCCUCAGAUCAGAACAAUUGCCAUUAUCGCCGAAGGCAUCCCCGAGAAUCUCACACGCCAACUGGUGAAGACAGCUGACGAGAAGAAAGUAGCCAUUAUUGGACCAGCCACGGUGGGCGGUGUAAAACCCGGCUGUUUCAAGAUCGGCAACACCGGCGGCAUGUUGGACAACAUUCUCUCCUCCAAGCUGUACAGGCCUGGCAGUGUUGCCUACGUGUCCCGAUCAGGGGGUAUGUCUAAUGAACUGAACAACAUCAUCGCUCUCAACACCAACGGCGUGUACGAGGGAGUAGCCAUCGGAGGAGACAGAUACCCAGGAACCACAUUCAUGGACCACAUCCUCCGUUACCAAGACAACCCAGAAGUUAAGAUGUUGGUGCUGCUCGGAGAGGUUGGGGGUGUGGAGGAGUACCGACUGGUCAACGCCCUCAAGGAGAACCGAAUCAACAAGCCCGUGAUCGCUUGGUGUAUUGGAACGUGUGCCAAGAUGUUCACCUCAGAGGUUCAGUUUGGCCAUGCUGGGGCGUGUGCAAAUGCAGAUUCUGAGACGGCAGAGGCCAAGAACAAGGCUCUGAAAGAGGUUGGCGCCAGUGUCCCCCGCAGUUUUGAUGAACUUGGAACUGUCAUUAGACAGGUGUAUGAGAAGCUGGUGGAGGAGGGCGCCAUUGUCCCUCAGCCGGAGGAGGCCCCACCCACAGUACCAAUGGACUACAACUGGGCUAGGGAACUUGGCCUGAUCCGGAAGCCAGCCUCUUUCAUGACCAGUAUCUGUGACGAGCGAGGCCAUGAGCUGCUGUACGCAGGCAUCCCCAUCACAGACAUCUUCAAGGAGGACAUGGGCAUUGGGGGAGUGCUCAGUCUGCUCUGGUUCCAGAGGAGAUUGCCGAAGUAUGCCACCAAGUUUAUUGAGAUGUGUCUGAUGGUGACUGCCGACCACGGCCCGGCGGUGUCCGGGGCUCACAACACCAUCGUCUGUGCCCGAGCAGGGAAAGAUCUCAUCUCCUCUCUCACAUCUGGCCUGCUCACCAUUGGAGACAGAUUCGGUGGCGCUCUCGAUGCUGCAGCCAGACAGUUCAGCGAUGCCUACGACACCGGCCUGAUUCCCAUGGACUUCGUCAACGACAUGAGGAAGAAGGGUCAGCUGAUCAUGGGGAUUGGUCACAGGGUCAAGUCGCUGAACAACCCUGACAUGCGAGUGGUCAUCCUGAAGGAGUAUGUCCAGAAAAACUUCCCUGCCUCACCGCUCCUAAACUACGCCCUCGAGGUGGAAAAGAUAACCACAUCCAAGAAACCUAAUCUGAUUCUGAAUGUUGACGGCUUCAUCGGGGUCUCCUUCGUCGACCUGCUGAGAACAUGUGGCUGCUUCACGAGAGAAGAAUCCCAGGAGUAUGUAGAAAUCGGUGCCCUCAACGCCCUGUUUGUUCUGGGACGAAGCAUGGGAUUCAUCGGCCACUACCUGGAUCAGAAGCGUCUGAAGCAAGGAUUGUACCGCCAUCCUUGGGACGACAUCUCCUACAUCAUGCCCGAGGGCUUGAAUGAAACCGCGUGAAGCUGUGAUCAUCAUGAACAUCAUUGAAACAUGUUGUGGAGAGAAAGUAGUAUGACUGUUGAUAUGGAUCACAUGAUCGUGUGUAUGGGAUCACUGAGUGAAUUGUCCGUGUGGGAAGCCUCCCAUUCAUGUCCAUGUGGAAUGGAUCUCGUUAUUCACGUCCAUGUCUCAUUCCUUCUAGGGUCAAAUGAGCAAAUAUUAUGAACAAAGAUUAGAAUAUACGUACUGUAUUUACCCUAUCAAGCGUCGUGUGGCACGAUGCUCUUUGAUAAGUACCCGUUUACAUCUAAGUGAUUGGGAAGAUUAUUACAGUGAAUAUAGAAGCUCAAGUUACUUUCAGAUUUUGCCAGCAAAAUAAUAACAUUCAUUCACAAAAUGUUUUGGCAAAAAUGCCAAUCUCAUUCAAUGAACAAUGUUUUCUGUUCAUGAACUAUGAAAUAUGACAUUUACGACACCUUGUCUUUGGUAGAUAACACCUAUAUCUGAUAAACGUAUAUGGGAUAACACAUGUAGGUUUUAGCCAGGUGGUUAAAUGUUUAGCUGGCAUUGUUGGGGUUUCAUGUUAUGGGACAUGUUUGAUUAAUGCUUUAUUGAUUCUAUUUAUUUGUGCCAUUGUAUAUUUACAGAAUUUUAUGUUUUGUUAUUUUUGCUUUCUUGAUCUCCAGUUGUUUUGUUCGUACUUUCUUGCAUUCAAGGUUAAAAUUGUCAUUUUGAUAACGCUGAAGCAUAGAUAUUGGUGAAAAAAUGUGAUGACACUUACAACUUGAUGCCAGUAUGUUAUUGACAUAUCACUAUCAAUCUCAUUAAGAUCUGUAACAGUGCUGGCUAUGGCUUCUUGUGGUGGCAGCAAGCACAAGAAUCGGAUCUAAAGUGGAUAUUACACACAUGCAGAACCAUUAUUUUGGAGUUACAUGAUAUUUGCUUGCUGCACUGUCCUGACAGCUUUGUUUCUUUGUUUGAUUUCAUCAUGUCUAAUUAGCUGCAAGUUAAGAUUUUUUAACAGACCUCUUGAAAUCCUUUGAUGUGGAAGCAUCGUGUUGUCGUGGAUCUGAUAUCGUGCAUUCCAGUCAUCUGUCACUAAUCUAUUGAACAGUUUCCUUGGCAGGCGUUCGAGUUGGAGGAGGCUCGUCUUUCAUUCCAGGUCUCAUGUCGCACUUCUUUUGUUCCUUUUAGACCAAUAUUCUGUCAUUUGACAGUUGCACAUACAUAGGCAAAAAUACCCCCCAGUCAAUAUUGAUGAAGUGCUUGUUGAGAGGGGAGGGAACAAAUAUGCUCACUAUUUAAAAUUUGGGGGUGGGACUGAGUAUUUUGUUACAAUCCGAGUGUUUUUGGUCACCACUGCUAAAAGACAUGUUCGUCUCUGGAGCUGGCAUAUUUUGUCCAGAUUUUGACAAUUCUAUUUAUUUAUUUUUAAAACCACCAUCCUCAACAUCAUGGAAAUGGUCAGACCCCUAGCAACCCCCAUGAUCUGAACAAUAUACUACAUAUUAGUAGUCAAAUGUCUGUUACUGUUUAUUUGAAACCUGUGAACUUUGUUUUCACCUUUGUGAUACUUUGCAAUAUUAGUUCUGUAACCAUGGUAACAUGUUCAGUGACAAACAUGAUCCGAGACAACUAUACUGCUCAAAACUGUUAAAGAACAUUGAUUCUUUCAAGUUGUUAUAGAUAUGGUGUCAUUAGGUGCUCCUUAACUUCUUUGAGUGGUAUGUAGUUAGUGAAUCAUGAAUAAAGUUGUUUCCAUUGGGGUGAUCUCUUUCUUGCCCUGGGUGUUAGGUUAUAGGGUUAGAAAUGGAUGCAUUAGCCUCUGUAGGGUAUGCUAGUUUGUGUUGGAGAAUAUUAAUAUUAUGUACAUAGGUGUGAUAGAUCAGGGAGUAGAAGUGAAUCUUGGCCACAUCUUUUGACUUGAGGGUUUAUGGAAUGUUAUUCAUUUUCAUGGGUAGGUUGAAAUGUCUUCACUAUUUCAUAGCCUAUAGUCAUAUGAUGCCAUGUUCUACUUAAACCUGUGAAUAUUGACAGACUUUAGGUCCAAAUGGAAUCGAAAAUAUAUUUGUACCUUAUAAAAUUGUAUUAGUCUUUGGGAGAAAAAUAUGUGUAAGCCAACUGAAGAUAUUUGCAAUUAUUAAACUGGAUAGGGGAGAGACGGCAUUUCAUUUUGUAAUUACUUAUUUUUAGGUGAUUUGCAAGACUGAUGAAAGUGUGGCUUGAAGAUUUCAGCCCCUGACAUAAUGUACAGAGUAGAUGCUGUGAUGGCUGGACUUUGUUAUUACUGGUUAUCACCUGAUAAAAUAGUGUAGUUUCUGCACAUUUGUGAUACAUUGUUACACUGUGCAACUAGUGGCCAUGGCUGGAGGAUAUACAGGUAUAUCCACCAAUGUUGGGGAACAAUGUGCUUAUUGUUUAGACAUGGCUAAAUCUGUUUGCCACAUUUUUCUAGACAUGUUCUAUGGGAGAUAACCUCUCAGCCUGGAUUUGCACUUUGUCCUGGCCAUAUCUCAUAGAAAUGGCUAGAAAUUGAGGAAUAUAGGGUGUUGUAGAUAUUAGCCUGGUUGGUUAAGUUAGUGGUAUUUAAUACUUGACACUGGCCAAACAGAUUUUGUCAAAUAAUUUAUUUAUAUCCCGACAGUAUAGACUAACACAUAAGUUAAUUGAACAUUAUCCUUAACUGUUUCCAUGGAAACACAUUUUUCCUAACAGUCAUUGGAAAUGUGGUAUCCGUGGUAACAGAGUUUUGAUGGAGGAUUAUGUCGAUGAUUUGAAUGGCAAUGUAGAUACUGGCAUAAGAUAACUAUAUUGUGGGACCACUUACGCAAAGAGUAAUUAACUAUUCGUCAUGCUGUAACCAUGGUAACAUGUCUUGUGACUAGAAGUCAGAUGUAGGCUUGGUGCAGUAAUAAAGCUGGGAAACUAUA